AUGACUCCCCUCUCGUUCUUAGAUGAUGAAGAUGACGAAGAGGAAGACGAGGAGGAGGAAAUUGACGUGGUGACCGUGGAGAAGCGAAGGUCCUCCUCCAACAGCAAGGCCGUCACGACCUUCACCAUCACCGUGCGGCCCAAGAACGCAGCCCCGGGCCCGGGGAGGGCCCAGUCCGGGGAGCUGAUUCUCAAGCGCUGCGUCCCCAUCCACCAGCAGCACAACUACGCCGCCCCCUCCCCCUACGUGGAGAGCGAGGAUGUGCCGCCCCAGAAGAAGAUCAAGAGCGAAGCAUCGCCCCGCCCCCUCAAGAGCGUCAUCCCCCCGAAGGCUAAGAGCUUGAGUCCCCGCAACUCUGACUCGGAGGACAGCGAGCGCCGCCGGAACCACAACAUUCUGGAACGCCAGCGCCGCAAUGACCUGCGGUCCAGCUUCCUGACGCUCAGGGACCACGUGCCAGAGCUGGUGAAGAACGAGAAGGCCGCCAAGGUGGUCAUUUUGAAAAAAGCCACCGAGUACGUCCACUCCCUCCAGGCCGAGGAGCAUCAGCUUUUGCUGGAGAAGGAGAAGUUGCAGGCAAGACAGCAGCAGUUGCUAAAGAAAAUUGAACACGCUCGGACUUGCUAA